AUGAUUUACAAUAAUGAUACUUUUGAAAAGUUCACUAUAAUUAAAGAAAUUUAUGAAAAUGAAAACCAUAGAGUCUACCUAUCUAAUCAGAUAGAUAAAUUCAAGAUAGUUAUACUAAAAGUUGAGAUUGGCGAUAAAAAAUACCUGUAUUCUUAAUACAUAAUACUUGAUAAACUGAAAUAUGUAUUGGGAGUGCCAAAAGUACUGAACUGUGGUUUUGCUGCAAAUAAUAGGUAUUAAUCAUUAUUAUAUGAGGUUUUAUUAUUCAAUAGACUAUUAUGAAAAAUCUGUUUCUGAUAUUUUAAAGAAACAUGGAACUUUAAGUCUAUAAUCAGUGUUAUCGAUAGGAUUAUCUAUACUUCGAAUUUUAAGUGGCAUCCAUAAGCAAGAAAUUAUUUAUUGUAACUUAUGUCCCGAAAAUAUUGUUUUUUCAAAAGAAGGAGCUGAUCACGACUCUAAAUUACAUUUAAUUGGUUUCAGCUAAGCACAUUUAAAAUAAGACAAACCAAAUAAAUUAUAAAAUAAAAAUUCUUUGCCGUAUCAAUCCUGUUAUUUUAAUAAAAACUGUCAACAUUCUAAGAGUGGUGAUUUAGAAAGUUUAGGAUAUCUUCUCAUAAAAUUAAGAAAAGGUAUGAAUUUUUUAUAUUCAAAGGAAUAUUACCAUGGGAAAAAUUGCCUCAUUAAUUGAUGGAAUAGAAAAAAGUAGAUUAUUUGAAAUCAAAUGAAUUCUAUGAAGGACUUCCUUAUGAAUUUAGAUUGUAUUUUCAAUCAAUUAAAUCAUUAAAUGAUGGACCAAAACAUUAAUAUUUGAUUAAAUUACUCAAAGCUAUUAUGAUAAAAUACUGUAAAACUACACGGCAUUGUAUAUUAGAGUUAAAUUAAUUAACUCCAAUUACUGAAGCCUCAUUUGAAACAGAUUCAUCAAUGGAAAGUUUUUAUCUUUCUCGACGUGUUAUAUUGCCUUCAUUUGCAAGUAGUGUAAAUGUGUAUUCAAAUACAGAAUUAGAUUUAUCUAUCGAAGAAAAAUUAAAGAGAUUAUAGUUGAUAUCUAAAUAAUAUAAACUAAUCAGUAACUUAUGA